GGAGUGGGAAAUCCAACACUUUGUUUUGACAGGGACUGCUUCCGAAAAACUCACACGACAAUCCAGUUCCAACUCGUUUUGUGCAAGCUCCGUUCCGUACGCGACGGGUUGAUUGGGGUGGCGUUCGAUUGAUUGAUUGCUUGGGAGUGUAAAAUCGAUUCAAAUCAUUACGGGUUUUAAUGUUGCUUGGAGUGCUGCUCGGAAAGUAACAUCUGCCUGGCUGUGUGAUUUCGGGGAGCAUAGUGUAGAUUGGAGUAGGUUUUGUUUGCUUCUACGACUCACCUUUCGUGUCGUGGAAAAAGAUGGCCUCCGCGGGGAAAAUUCUGUGAAAAGUGGCUGAUUUCGGUGGAAGAAAAGUCGUGCGAAAGAAGAUUGAAGAAUGGCUAAUAAACCGCCGCAGGAUACCUCCGGGCUGGGUUACUCGUAUGUGACCCCCGGGGGGAUGUUCCUGAGACUGAGGAACUCCCUGUCACAGUUUAGUGAUUUGUUCAGCGAGUUUAACAAGUACAUCGCCCCUGCCUAUCAUCACGAUCGCUGUGAACGAUCCGUCCAUAUGCGACUGUAUUCCAUGAAUAAGCGAGAGUUUGUGGUGGUGUUUCUGGCAUUCUUCGCCUGUUUUGGGCUGGGAAUCUUCAUUGGGCUGGCUGGGCCGCCAAUAACCGUAACUACGAUGGUCACCGGAAGUUCGCUCAUGCCAAAUACGACCAGCCCCAAUCCGGACUACCUGGCGACGGGGCCAUUCGUGAUGCGAACUCCACUGAUGACCACGUACUCGCAGCAGCUGUGGUUGAUAGCGAACAUCGAGACGGACAACACCGACGACGAAAUAUUCGACAAAAGCUUCCACGUCAGUGUCGGAAUCGACGGGCUCACGGUGGAACAUAAACCGAUGACGGUGCUGAGAGAAGACCACAGUAAAAAUCGAACGCGCCAUUUGACCUGCACACGUGACGCCUGCGAUGAGUUCAUCGUGCUUCAUCUGGGCUUCUUGGAAUACGCCCACUACAUCCUCACCGUACGGUUCUUCGGGUUGGAAGGCUUCCACCAUCGGUACAACAUCAACAGCGUGCAGUUCUACUUCAAAACGUACAAUCCGGCAUUUACCCAGAUCGAGAUAUGGUUUCGAUUCAUCUUCCUGCUGUUCACCUUCAUCGUCACGUGCUGGUUCGCGCACACCCUUCGGAAGUAUCCCGUCUACGAUUGGUCGAUAGAGCAGAAAUGGAUGUCGGUCCUGUUGCCACUCUUGGUGCUGUAUAACAAUCCCCUCUUCCCGCUGAUAUUCCUGAUGAGCAGUUGGCUACCGGGGAUGUUGGACGCCAUCCUGCAAGCUACCUUUCUGUGUGCCCUGUUGCUGUUCUGGCUCUGCAUCUACCAUGGGCUGCGGCAAAACGAGCGGAAGCUGCUCACAUUCUACGUGCCGAAGCUGAUAGUAAUCAUGCCCAUCUGGUUGUGUGCAGUGGUGUUGGCCACCUGGGAAAAGUGCAACGAAAUGAAGGAUCCGACAUACAGUCAUUUUGUGGAUACCGGGAACUAUAAUGGCUUCAAAAUGUUCUUCUACAUCUCGGGUGCAAUGUAUUUGCUGUAUUUGGUCCUGUUAAUACUACGAGCCUACAGUGAGCUUCGGUCAAUGCCAUUUUUCGACAUGCGGCUCAAAUUUCUCACUCUUCUGAUGCUAUUUGUGCUGGCCAUCUCCCUGACGGUUACCAUGUGCCGCUUCGGUUUCGGGAUCCUGGAGGACAACUUCGUCGCUAAGCUGAACAUCACGUACAAAAGUUCCGCGCAGUUCAUGUGUUUCUACGGGUUGCUGAAUUUCUACCUGUAUACGAUGGCUUACGUGUAUUCACCAAACGGACGUCCUCUCCAUGAAGCCACCAUCACCAAAGACAACCCGGCCUUUUCGAUGAUCAACGACUCGGACGAGGAGGUCGUCUACGGUUCGGACGAGGAAAGUCGCCGCCCCCUGAAUGCAGCGCACGGCAAAGGAAACGACUACGAUAGUGACUAAAAGUGACUUCCAAAAUCUUCCGGAUCUGAGCCGACGUUGAUUCUAACAACGGUAAGAUUAAUCUCAGAAAACCGCGGUAAAAACUGUUUCCGUACAAAACAAGUAAAGAAAAGUGUGCUAUGACUGACCAGAAAAUAUUUAAUCCGAUGGACUUGUGCGAGUGAGGUACACCCAGUAGAAAUGACCGGAAAGCGGUAGGAAUGUUUUCGUUCACCACACACGUUGGAGAUGGAAUUACAUAUAGGCAUAUCUUUUUCACUUCUCAAUUCGACUCGACGUCGUCACGGCGACGAAGAAAUAUUUAUGGGAUAGUAGUACAGAAAAUACAUGUUUAGAUGGUAUUCGUUCUGUUUCAGAUUUUUGUUGUGAGUUCAGAUAUGAAAAGACCUUUCGCGCCAUUCCAAGUAGAACUACUAGACUAUAAGUUAGAGACAGUCGUGUUAUAUUAGAUCAAUUACGAACUCAGCCCAAAAUAGACAUAUUUUAUUCUUCGGCGUUUCGUUCAUCUUGCAGAUUCUAAACAAGUAGCAGAACGCGUGACUAAAUAAAGCCAUUCUCAACCUUGUUAGUUGUAUUCGAGUACCAGGGCAGCCGGGAAAUAAAAUAGUUAGAGGUUUACAAUCUUAGUAGAUAUCAUCCUAAGCUUUGGACUAUCCAACGGCUAAACAAAUAAAAAUAAACAGUUGUGUGUGACCAUAUUGAAACAAUGAAUGGAAUAACUGCAGAAUUUAAAUCAAUAAGGAAAAACAUCCAAAGAAAAAAAAUAAUAAGCUAAGAUAACCGAUGUGACAAACCACUGGGAAAGACAAAUAAAAUAUUUAUACUUGA